UUUACCCUUUGCUGCUUGAACCACUUUCAGAUCCCAUAGAAGGCUGAACUGGAGUUCUGGUGGUUUAGGACUGCCAGUGAUAUUUGCUGAUAGUACCUUAGAAUCAUGAGUAUGUCACAUACUAUACUUCUCUUGUACCCAGUGAAACUGUUCCUGUUUUGUGCAGUACUGGGCUUCCUAACUGUGCAUUGCUUUAGUGGUGAAAGGGAACCUCUUCUUCAGCUAAAUGGAGUCAACAUGAGCCUAGGCAAAGGCAGAUGGGCCCGAUCAGUAAGCACCCCUCCGCAGCCGAUUGAUUGUGUGCUUUCCAGCUGGUCACCAUGGAGCACCUGUGAUCCCUGUCAAAAGAAAAGAUACAGAUUUGCCCGAGUGGAACGGCCUUCUCAGUUCAAUGGAGACCCGUGUGACUACUCUGACAAAGAAACAGAAGAUUGUGUUACAAACAGUCCUUGCAGAAAUAAAGUUAGAUGUGAAGGCUUUGUAUGUGCGAUUACAGGAAGAUGCAUUACACGGAGGUUGCUUUGCAAUGGAGAUGAUGACUGUGGGGAUCAGUCAGAUGAAAAAAACUGUAAAAAGGUGUAUAGAAAAUGCAACCAGAAGAUGGAGCAAUACUGGGGAAUAGAGAAUCUGGCAAGAGGGUUAAAUAUCCUCACAAACAAUCUGGAAGGUUUGGUUCUUGAUCACAGGUACUAUGCUGGGGGAUGUACUCCACAUUAUAUUAUGGAUACCAGGUUUAGAAAACCAUACAAUGUAGAAAGCUACUCCCCAGAGACCAAAGGCAAAUAUGAAUUUACAUUGACUGAAUACGAAUCUUAUUCAAGUUUUGAAGAAAAUAUCCUUAGGGCAAGAGCUUCGCAGACUAGCUAUGGCUUUGGAAUAAAGAUACCAGGAGUGUUUGAACUUGGUUACAGUUUAAGUGACAACAGGUUCAAGAAGUUCAUUCAAAGGAUGAAAAAAUUUUCUGCAACUUCCAGCAAAUUUAUUCAUGCCCGUUCUGAGCUGGAUGUGGCCCGUUAUAAACUGAAGCCUCGGACUCUGAUGCUCCAUUAUGAGUUCCUGCAGAGACUCCAUCAGCUGCCUUUAGAGUAUAGCUAUGGUGAAUACAGAGAACUCUACAGAGAUUAUGGGACGCACUACAUCACUGAAGCUACUCUUGGAGGCAUCUACGAAUACACGUUAGUUGUGAACAGCGAAGAACUCCAAAAGGCAGGUUACUCUUUAAGUGACAUCCAGGCCUGUGCACAGCGUGGCUUUAACGUUGGUGGAAAUAUCUAUGGAGUUUAUAUAAGUUUGGGAAUGUCAGCUGCUGGCUGUAAGGCUGUUUUAAAUGAAAUUGGAGACAGCAUCGGGCAAACGCAAGUUGUGGAAGAUUUCAUAGCCCUCGUUCGUGGAGGAGGGAGUGAGCAUAUCACGACACUUGCCUACAAAGAUCUACCAACUGCUCAGCUAAUGCAGGAGUGGGGAGAUGCAGUACAGUACAACCCUGAAAUCAUAAAGCUAAAGGCAGAACCCCUGUCUGAACUGGUGACUUCAACGGACUUUGCAAAUGCAAAUACACUAAGGGAAAAUAUGAAGCGUGCCCUUGUAGAGUUUCAGCUGGAGACCAGUUCCUGUCAUUGUGCUCCAUGCCAUGGCAAUGGAAUUGCCUUUCUGAAAGAAACUCGCUGUGACUGUAUAUGUCCUAUAGGAUAUCGUGGUACUGCCUGUGAGAUCACAGAAAGAAAAGAUGUUGCUAUAGAUGGAAACUGGGGUUGCUGGUCCAGCUCCUCUGCAUGCUCUGGAGGACAACGGAUGACAAGAAGACAGUGCAAUAAUCCUGCCCCACAAAAUGGUGGCAAGCCAUGCACAGGGCCAGAUGUUGAAACUAUUAGGUGUUAAGGAAAAUUCUUAAAAAUAUGUAAACUAAAAUGACUACCACCUUGCAAAGUUAGUGGGAAGAUAAUUAUAACUGACUUGAUCAAGCCUCUUUAUUCCUCUUUAAGGGCCUGAUCCAAUGCACACUGACGUCAACAGUAAGAUCUAACAGGUAUUGGAACAGGAUUAGUAUUUUUAAUAUGAGUCAUUCUGAUUUGACAUGCUGCAUAAUUGUCCUGCAGGAUUAAGCGUCCUUGUUUGUUUUAAUAUUGUGGCUUUGCUAUAGGCCUUUAUUUCAAUGGGCUAAUCAAACAAAACUUUAUUUCUUGCAUUAUGUGAUACCUGUUGAUUUUUUCUUGAGUUUUAAUCUAAUGUGUUCUCAGGUUCCCCUGAGAUAGGGAAAAGGGCAUUUUAUCUUGGAUACACAGGAACGCAGAUGUGACUCCUCAGAAGACAGCUGUGUCAUGUUGAGCAAAAUGCAGAAAAUUAAAAACUAAAUCCGCAUCAGAGCAAUAGCAUCUAAUGUGAAAUUUGAGUCAGAUGUGGCAAUGCUAGCCCAGGUUCCCAAUUUACUGGUUUUAACAUAAAUUGUUCAUCCUAUUAGAAAUCGUCUUGAAGGAAAGAGAAUUGAAUUGAGUAGUACUCUCAAAUACACCAAAGCAUCAAAUACACUCUCAAAUACAUGCUAAACUGUGCAAUAAUUUGUACUCUUAUUCAUGUGUAGCCCCUGGCCUAUUUCACUGGCCCAGCAUGAGGUUCUUUAAGAUAGGGGAAAUCUGCCUUGUGACUUUUUACAUAACUUUGGGAAACUGGGCCUGAGGCUCCUCGGUGUGCUCUGCAUUGUGUCAGUGUGUAUUCACCUCAGACCAGACCCACUCAGACAACCACCAGGAACAAGAGCAAGACUUCAUUCUGUAAAGAAACACAGAACAGGAUUACAGUCCAGCAGCCUCCUCUCUGCUUGCCUGCCUCUUGCUUCCAGCUUCAGUCAGUGCUGAAACUUCCUGCUGGGAGGGCAGAGGCUACAUACUGGCAGGAACCAGGAAGGUCUCCCAACAUGCCGCAGUCUGUAGCCCACAAUUGAUGGUUCCCAUGGCUGCUGCUGAAGCACCCAGGACCUUGGGCUGCACAUGGGAUAAGCUUUCCAUAGAACAAAUACAUUUAGAAGGAGGCUGGAGCAUAAUAUCAAAAAGGCAAUUAAAGAAAUGAAAAUCACGAAUUUUGAAGUAUGCAACACCAUGCCCCAGGUUGAAUACUGUAUCCCAUGGAUGUUGUGGCCAAACAGGAAGUAGUGUAUGGAAAAUGAUGUCUCAGAAAGAGGUCAUAAUGCAAGCCAAUCAGCAUUCUACUUUACAUUCUCCAAAAAUAUCACGGUCUUGGGAACAGCUCUAGCAAUGAUGGCAAAACUAGCCUUCAUUGUCACAGAGGUGGGCCAAUUGCUCCACUGUUUGGUCCCCCUGAACACCUCGGUGUUUCAGCAUACUCACUUCUAAUCCAGCCUGUUCAAAUAUUUGAAAU